CUUUAAAAGAAACUUCUGCGAAGAGCUUAGAACAAUUUUUUUCCCCCUCGAGUGCCAUUUUCCAAAGGUACUCACCGACAAAUAAGGUGUGACUGUAAUGGCUGCACUAAGUUGUCUAUUGGACAGUGUAAGAAGGGAUAUAAGGAAGGUGGACAGAGAACUAAGGCAAUUGAAAUGCCUCGACGAAUGCACACGUUGCCUCUGCGACUUAUAUGUGCAUCCUUAUUGCUGUUGUGACUUACAUCCAUACCCUUAUUGCCAGUGCUAUACCAAGUGCUCACGCGUUUGUGGGCUAUGUGAUCUAUAUCCAUAUUGCCUGUGUGAUAUCAAGCUAUUCUGUCUUCGACCAUCAAUCAGAAGUUUGGAGAGGAAAGCCAUUAAAGCCAUUCUGGAUGAAAAGAAAGAACUGACCAAACUAAGAAGAACAACAAACAAGAUUCUGGCAGCAUCCUGUUGCAGUAGUAACUUACUAGGGUCAGUGAAUGUAUGCGGCUUUGAGCCUGAUCAAGUCAAAGUCAAAGUGAAAGAUGGAAAGGUGUUUGUGUCAGCGGAACGCGAGAAUAGAUACGAUUGCCUAGGAUCGAAAAAAUACAGCUACAUGAACAUCUGCAAAGAGUUUACCUUGCCCCCUUGUGUGGAUGAGAAAGACGUGAUUUAUUCUUAUGGACUUGGCAGUUGUGUGAACAUUGAAGCCCCUUGUGCCCCAUGCCUUCCAUGCGGUCCAUGUGACCCAUGCGUUCCAUGCAAUCCAUGUGGCCCUUGCAACCCAUGUGUUCCAUGCAAUCCAUGUGGCCCUUGCAACCCAUGCGUUCCAUGCAACCCAUGUGUUCCGUGCAACCCAUGCAAUCCGUGCAACCCAUGCAACCCAUGCAACCCAUGCAACCCAUGCAACCCAUGCAAUCCAUGCAGUCCCUGCAGUCCCUGCGACCCAUGCAGUCCCUGCGAUCCGUGCAGUCCCUGCGAUCCGUGCAAUCCCUGUGAUCCGUGUGACCCGUGUGAUCCGUGCGACCCAUGCGACCCAUGCAGUCCAUGCGAUCCUUGUGAUCCUUGCGAUCCGUGCGAUCCAUGCUAUCCAUGUGGAAGCCGAAUUUCCUACCGGAAGAUCAUAACAUAGAGGGGUAUAGUCAAUAGGCUGGUUAGGAGUUAGUUAGUUUUAACAUGAGGCAGCUCUUUCAGUGUUUCUCUUUCCCUGCUUUCUGAAAUUCAUAGGCGCCAUAAUACAUAACUGCAAAUA